AUGUCCAAUAUCCGCCCAUUUACGCUCUCCAUAUCCGAUGCCCGCCUGCAGCACCUACAAGAUAAACUCGCGCUUGCGACAUUCCCGGACGAGCUCGAAGACGCGGGAUGGGAACAUGGCGCGCCGCUAGCCGACAUCAAGCGCCUCGUCGAACACUGGCGAACGCAAUACAACUGGCGUCGCCACGAAACCUCAAUCAACAAUCUUCCCAAUUUCGAAACUACAAUUGACAUCGACGGCUUCGGAUCCAUCGACAUUCACUUCGUCCACCAAAUCUCCCCAAACGCAAAUGCCAUCCCCCUCCUCUUUGUGCACGGCUGGCCAGGGCACUUCCUCGAAGUGGAAAAACUGCUCCCCUUGUUCAGAGACAGCGAGAAUAAUGGCGGCCCAGCAUUCCACGUCGUCGCGCCGUCACUGCCGAACUUCGGGUUUUCCGGGGUUGUGAAAAAGAAAGGCUUCGGCAUGGCGCAGUACGCCGAGACGUGCCACAAGCUGAUGCUCGCGCUGGGGUACACGCAGUACGUAUCGCAGGGCGGCGACUGGGGCACAUUCAUCACGCGGACGAUGGCGAUGCUGUAUCCUGAGUCUCUGAAAGCGACACAUAUUAAUAUGGUCGCGUGUGGACCGCCUCUCAAGAAUCCCCUUGCCUUGCUCACGCUAGGAUUUAAAUAUCUCACUGGUACUUUCAGCGCAGAAGAAAAAGCGGGCUUCGAGCGCACGCAGUGGUUCCAGAAGCACGGGUUUGGCUAUUUCCAGCUGCAGAGCACGAAGCCGCAGACGGUGGGGUACGCUUUGAAUGACAGUCCUGUUGCGCUGCUGGCGUGGAUAUAUGAGAAGCUGCAUGAUUGGACAGACGAUUAUCCGUGGACGGAUGACGAGAUUCUCGAUUGGAUCAGCGUGUACUGGUUUAGUCGGGCUGGGCCUGCUGCUAGUGUGAGGAUCUACUACGAGGCGGGGAAGGGAGAGUAUACGAGUGAGAGGACGUACAAGACGUGGAUACCGAAUGUGAGGCUAGUAAGUCAAACGCGGUUUCGGAGGACACUUUACACCGGGCUAACGUACUGCGACUUUGUAGGGCUUGGGCUACUUCCCGAAAGAGCUUGCGUUGCUUCCUAA